CCUUACUCGUAAACUCACCUUUGACUCUCACAACAGCUCCAACAUAUUUACUGUCAAUCAGGAAAAGCAAAAUGGCCGAGUCAAAGUAUGUCCACUUUGACCAGAAAGAUGUGGUGUACAAGACUGUCAACAAGCACGAAAUCUCCACAGCAAUUCUAGUGCCAAAGAAUAUCAAGCCUGGGAAACGCCCCUUACUAGUCCAUUUCCACGGCGGCUUCUUGAUCUGUGGAUCGAAGCUCUAUGAAGAAUGGCAUGCGACAUGGACUAUACAGCUCGCGGCGCAGAAGAAUGCCAUUCUGGUCUCGCCGAAUUACCGUCUCUUGCCAGAAGCAAACGGAGGAGAGAUACUCGACGACAUUGGCGAUUUCUGGUCUUGGGUCAAGACCUCACUACCAUCAGAAGUUGCUAAGAUGGCAAAUGGAGUAGAAAUCGACUCAAACAACAUCCUCGUAGCCGGAGAAUCAGCCGGCGGAUACCUAGCCAUCCAAUCCUCCCUCCUCCACCCAAACUCCGGUAUAAAAGCCGUGAUUUCACAAUACGGCAUGCUCGACAACACGAUCCCUCAGUUUACUCAAAAAGGACACAAGAAUAUGGCUGGAGCGCCUCAACAGCCAGAGUCAGAAGUCAAUGAUUACCUGCACGAUAUGCAGAAAGGAGCGGUGAGGACGAAUACGCAUCCAUGGGAGAUGUGGUUGUUCAUCUGUGCCGUCGUGCAGGCUGGGCGAUAUCUGGAAUUCCUGGGUAACGGGGAGGGUGUGCAUGCGAUUGAUAAUCUUGAAACAGCCAAGAAUGUGCCUGCAUGUUGGAUUAUUCACGGCAAGGAAGAUUCACUGGUGCCUAUUGAAGCGUCGAACAAUUUUGUGAACAAGCUGAGGAACACACAUCCGGAGACGCCAUUGAGAUACACCAUACAACCUGGCGAACACGGCUUUGAUAAUGCAAUGUCAUUAGACGAGACUUGGGUCAAGGAGGGUUGCGUAUGGCUCCAACAAUACUGGCCUUGAGCCAUGCAGAUGUAUGCUUGGAGCGAGGUACACAGUAGAGACAUGCACAAAAGCCACCUUUAUUUGAAAGGCGUCAUAGUCAAAGAAUUACUCGAGGAGGAUCUGAGCAUGGCGUAUAUAGAGGUCGCAUCAUAGCCCAUGGCGGCUAAGGUGGUAUGUUCAUUAUAGAUGGCAAACCCUAGGUUUAUGGAGAUAAGCAUCAUGGCUGGAAGCUUAAAGACGAUACCGACCAAGACACUGCACACGAUUGUGGACAGUUGCAAACUUAGUGGGGCCCGAGUGAUGAAGCUGCUGCUGUAUGAUAGCAUCUUCCACCAGUCCGGAGGUGUCUCCUCUUGAGCAAACUUGUCACCUUGCGAUUUCGUCACAGUCGUCUCUUGGGGUUUGAAAUGAUGGGCCUUGGAAAAUGCACAACGUUCGUCUUCUAGCCGAAGUCACUCAUC